AUGGCAGUAAGUCAGCAGCAAGCUGAGGGCCGCAAUGGGAUCAGUUAUGGUGCAACAGAUCCUCUUCUAACCAAUAAGCACCUCUAUCCAUCUUUCUUCCAAACACUCCCCAGUGAUCAGACCCAGUAUCUGGCCAUUGCUAAGUUGUUGAAACACUUUGGCUGGACAUGGAUUGGCGUUAUCACAUCUGAUGAUGAUGGUGGUGAGAGAAGUAUUCAAGAGUUAAAAAAAGCAGCUUCUGUUUAUGAUAUAUGUGUUGAGUACAUUAUUCUUAUAACUUCUGAGGGAAGUUCACAAAGACAAGACCCAAGAAAUCAAAAUAUCUUCAAGACCUUCAAGAAAUCAACCUCGAAAAUUGUUGUUCUUUGUUCCAUUUCAUUGUUGACCAUCUCGUUUAUUGCGACGGCAUGUAAUGGUCAUCAUGAUAAAACCUUCAUUAUACCAGCAGGUCCUAUGGUCCACUAUAUUCUUGUUUCAAACUCAAAGAAAAUGUUUGAUGAAAGUCUGGUGUUCUCACCUCCAACAAAGAACAUCCCACAUCUGAAAAGAUUUCUAGAUAAUAUCAACACCACAAAUCACCCGAAAGACCUUCUGCAAGAACAUAUCCUUGCAAUGUAUUUCAAAUGUCUAACCUCAAAUCCAUCAUUAAAUCAUGAAAUUGAGAGCCGAUAUGGAAUCACACUGCAUCCAUGCAACAGCAGCGUAAAAAUAAGCCAACUAGCCAAUUAUCUGUAUGACACUGAAAGGUUUAGCAUAGCUUAUCUUGUUUACAAAGCUGUCUAUGCUAUGGCACAUUCUCUUCAUGAAAUGCAAUUAUAUAUAUCCGGUCAUCCUGAAAACAGCUACCUAGAUCAAAGCUUCAUCAAAAAGAAUUUUCAGUACUUUCUACAAAGAGUCCGCUUCCAUGAUCCAUUGGGGGAACAAGUCUAUUUUAAUGAGAGAGGAGAAAUGGCUGCUUUUUACGACAUACAUUAUUUUGCAGCUGUAACUAAUAAUAGAGUCCAAUUCAAAGAUUUUGCAGUUUUCAAUGCAUCAUUGCAAGAACAAGAGGCACUCGUAGUCAGCCAAGCUGCAUACUAUUGGAAACGUGGUAUGGCCGUGUUCACACCGGUACGACAAAAGCACCGACAUUGGGAGCUCAUGUCGCAUGACGAGCAGGCCCGGAUCCAGGAGCGCAGUGACUCAGAGUUCAGCGAGGUUGUCGUGGCAGCGUGGUUUUGGUCUCUGCGGGUGAAGGAGGAGCCGGAAAAUAAGGGAGUUAAGACCUAUAAAACAUCAUGCAUAAAGUGCCCAGAAGACAAGUGGCCAAAUGACAAGAAUCGGUGUGUUCCAAAACCAGUGGAAUUCCUCUCAUAUGAUAAUGACCCAAGUUCCAUUGUAGUAUGUGCAAUAUCUGCCCUAUUUUUCAUUAAAACAUCAAUUAUCUUGGGCAUGUUCAUAAUAUACAAAGACACCCCGGUCAUCAAAGCUAAUAAUCAAAACUUGAGCAUCCUUUUACUGGUAUCCAUCAUGUUGAGUUUCCUCUGCAUCCUAUUGUUCAUAGGUCGUCCAAUGCCUGCCAGCUGUAUGGCACAGCACACCUCAUAUGGAAUCAUCUUCUCAGUAGCUGUGUCCUCUAUCUUGGCCAAGACUGUCAUGAUUUACAUGGCUUUCAAAGCCAUUAAGCCUAGACAUUCCUCAGGAACAUUUAUUGGAAUAAAAAUUACCAAAGCUAUUGUCUUUAUUUGCCCGUGUAUCCAGAUCUUAAUUAGCCUAAUAUGGUUAUGUACUUCUCCUCCAUUUCCAGAAAAUAAUAUUCACGCAUAUCCAGGCAUAAUUAUUUCUCAGUGUAAUGAAGGCUCUAUGUUGGCAUUUUCCAUACUUCUGGGUUACAUGGGACUUCUAGCAGCUCUUAGUUUCAUUAUGUCUUUUUUGUCCAGAAAUUUACCAGAUAGUUUCAAUGAAGCCAAAUAUAUCACCUUCAGCAUGCUGGUGUUCUGCAGUGUCUGGAUUGCUUUUAUCCCAGCUUAUAUGAGUGUUACAGGGAAGAACACUGUGCUUGUAGAGAUAUUCGCAAUCAUUUCUUCAAGUGUUGGAGUCCUUGGAUGUAUAUUUAUUCCAAAAUGUUACAUUAUUGUGAUUAGACCAGAUCUAAAUGUAAAACAGGUUUUACUUAGACAUGCACACUGACAUUUAAAGCUUUUUCAUCCUGAUUUUUAUAUAUUAGGCAUUUAUCAUUAAAGUGGAUGUAAACCCUCCAUACACCCAGUGAAC